CAUACGCAAAGUCUGUGUUCUGGCAGGCGGAGCAAGCAGAGAGGGCAGUGAGCCGGCGGCGCGGGCGCACGGGCACCAGAAUCCUCGCAGGGCGCCGAUCGGUUCGGCCAAGGCACCGCCGCGCCCCCCGCGGAGGCCCCAGGGCCAUCGGGCGUGCGUCUCACCUCCAGCCAUGGGGUCGGCGGUGCUGGAGAUCCUCGGCUUGGUGCUGUGCCUGAUAGGCUGGGUGGGCCUGAUCCUGGCGUGCGGGCUGCCCAUGUGGCAGGUGACCGCUUUCCUGGACCACAACAUCGUGACGGCGCAGACCACCUGGAAGGGGCUCUGGAUGUCGUGCGUGGUGCAGAGCACGGGGCACAUGCAGUGCAAGACGUAUGACUCGGUGCUGGCGCUGAGCACCGAGGUGCAGGCGGCGCGGGCGCUCACCGUGGGCGCCGCGCUGCUGGCGCUGCUGGCGCUCUGCCUGACCCUGGCGGGCGCGCAGUGCACCACCUGCGUGGCCCCGGGGCCCAACAAGGCGCGCGUGGCUCUCACGGGCGGCGCGCUCUACGCCUUCUGCGGGCUGCUGGCGCUCGUGCCGCUCUGCUGGUUCGCCAACAUCGUGGUCCGCGAAUUCUACGACCCGAACGUGUCCGUGUCGAACAAGUACGAACUGGGAGCAGCGCUGUACAUCGGCUGGGCCGCCUCGGCGCUGCUCAUGUGCGGCGGUGGCCUCGUGUGCUGCGGCGCCUGGGUCUGCGCGCGCCGCCCGGACCUCAGCUUCCCCGUCAAGUAUUCGGCGCCGCGACGGCCCGCGGCCGGUGACUACGACAAGAAAAACUACGUCUGAGGGCGCCAGGCACGGUGGGCACCCUCGUGUCAGCCACGCUCACAAGCCGGAGUACUGGCCAUGGAGCUCCGCAGCCCGUCCACUCCGACCGUUACUCGCUGGGCCCUGGGCGGUGCCCUGCCCCGAACAGGCGACACGCACUUGGGAGGACUCGCUCGGUUUCUCUUUCUGGGGGCAUUGUUGGCUCCGAUGUGGGUGGGGCGCAGAUUCCUUGGUUGUGUGGGCGCUGGACCAAAGAUGCCACUUCUCUCCCCGUCCCUGGUGGCCUUGGGUGCCACUGUACUUUCCAGCGGUUUCUGCUGAUUCCAGAGGAGCAGACUGAGGGCCCGGGGCCCCCAGCCUGGGUUGCAUGAAGGAUGUGUACAGCUGGCCUUUACCCCAUCAGCAGUCCCUGAGCCCGGGGGGCCCAAGAGACUUGGACGGGACCUCCCUCCCUCCCUCAACCCAGCAGCUCCUCAGGCCAAGAUCCUGGUGUGGGGCUGGGGCGCUGUCCUCCUUGGCCGUUUGGGGGAGGGUAAGAAUUUGUUUAGUAAAUCGUUUGAAAAUCCUC